GCUCUGUGUGUCGCUGCCUGUCUGCCUGCUGCCUGCCUCCCGCCGCCUGGCCUCCGCGCCUCCUCCCGCUCAGUCAGCAUCGCUCGGCCGUCUCGCCCGGACGCCGCGCCAGCCUCCCGAGCGCCGCGUCACGCAGGAUAGGCCUAUCGUCGAAAUUCGAAAAUCCUUAAAUCCGAACGAACGAUUUUCUGAAACCUGAGAAGUUGGAAGAAGGAAGAGUAGAAUAAUAAAGAUAGGUAAUGAUGAUUUUGAUGAUGAAUAGAAAGGAGUUGAGAGGUAAGGAUUAAGUGAAAAAGGAAGUGAAAGAAGAAAAAAAAAUAGUGUUCGUUUUUUUGUUUUUUUUUCAUUGAAGGAAAUAUCCAAGGAAGGUUAUGCUUUGUGAGUGAGUGUUUUAAAGUGCCACAAACUCUCAAGAAGAAAACAAAACAAAAACAAAAACAGAAAAAAAAACAUACAAACAAAAACAGAAAAAAAAACAAUAACACUUAACUCUGAAAAAAAAAAAAAAUCCCGUAUCCCAUUUUAUGAGUGUUUGAAAAAAAAAGUGUUGCGUCAGAAGAUCAAGGAAAUCCACGUCUCAUCAUGUGUGGGCGUGGUCUCUGGUCGGCGUGGGCGGCUUGCUUCGUCGUCUUCCUCAUCCACCUGCCGCCCACCAACCAGCUGCCGUACGUCAUUAACAUAGGAGGCCUCUUCGACGUCGGCGACCAGAAGCAGACCCUCGCCUUCCGCUACGCCGUCGAGAGCGUCAAUCACGACCACGGACUUCGCAAGACCUCGCUCCGGCCGAUCAUCGAGACGAUUCCUCCCUAUGACUCCUUCUACGCGUCCAAGAGAGUGUGCUACCUCGUGCGUGCGGGCGUGGCGGCCAUCUUCGGUCCUCAGUCAGGCCAGACCUCCGCCCACGUCCAGAGCAUCUGCGACGCCCUCGAGAUCCCCCACAUCGAGACGCGCUGGGACUACCGUCUCAGGCGUGAGGAUUACUCGGUCAAUCUGUAUCCGCAUCCGUCUUCGUUGAGUAAGGCCUACCUCGACCUCGUCCGUCUCUUCGGCUGGAAAUCCUUCUGCAUCCUGUACGAGGACAACGAAGGCCUCGUCCGCCUGCAGGAGCUCCUGAAGACGCCGCCGCCCAACGAGUUCAAGGUCACCAUCAGGCAGCUCCCCAGAGACGAUGACUACAGACCCAUUCUCAGGGAAGUGAAGAACAGCCUUGAACAGAACAUCAUCCUAGACUGCAAGACAGAGAAGGUCGGUCAGGUGCUGAAACAAGCCCAGCAAAUUGGCCUUAUGUCCUCUCUGCAUAAUUACAUCAUAACUUCGCUUGACUUGCACCUCGUAGACUUAGACGACUUCAAGUACAGCGGCUCCAACAUCACCGCUGUUCGCCUGGUGGACCCCGACAGCGAGGAGGUGAAGCGGCUGAUGGAGGACUGGGAGCGAAGGAGUCCUCAGUACCUGCAAACUACUGACGGGGAUGAUGUUAUUCUGAAGCAACAACUGGGAGUCGACUUCUGGACGACGGAAACAGCCCUAAUCUACGACGCCGUGAGAUUAUUCGUGCAGGCACUUCAAGCACUGGAUAAUUCGACAUUCGUGCAGGUUGCGCCGCUCAUUUGCGAGGGAGAAGAAGCUUGGAUCCACGGUAAUUCACUCAUCAAUUAUAUGAAAAUGGUUUACUUCACAGGACUCACGGGCUUCAUAAAAUUCGAUGCCCUAGGAUUUCGCACCGAUUUUGCCCUUGAUAUCGUGGAACUUGGCAUGCAAAAUCUCACUAAGGCCGGCACGUGGAGACUGGACACGGGCGCCAACUACACGAGGACUUUCCAGGAGACGCUGAAGAAGGUGGUCGACGGACUGCAGAACAAGACUCUCGUCGUGUCCGUGGCCUUUAACGACCCCUACAUCAUGCAGAAGGAGAACGCGGAGGACCUCGCCGGCAACGACCGCUUCGAGGGCUUCUGCCUCGACCUCCUGACGGAGAUCGCCAGCAUCCUCAAGUUCAACUUCACCGUCGUCCCCGUCGCCUCCAACGCCUACGGCUCCAAGAACGCGGAGACGGGAGAGUGGAACGGCAUGAUCAGGGAACUGCUCGAGCAUCGCGCAGACAUGGCCAUUACGGACUUAACUAUCAACUACGAACGCGAGCAAGUGGUCGACUUCACGAUGCCGUUCAUGAACCUCGGGAUUUCCAUUUUGUACAAGAAACCCCAGAAGAUGGCGCCUUCCCUCUUCUCCUUCCUGUCGCCUCUUUCCCUCGAGGUCUGGAUUUACAUGAUCACUGCUUACGUCGGCGUCUCCAUCCUCAUGUAUAUUCUUGCCAGGUUCACGCCGUACGAGUGGCAGAACCCCCACCCGUGCGACCCCGACCCCGACACGCUGGAGAACCAGUUCACUAUCCUCAACUGCCUGUGGUUCGCCAUCGGCUCCCUUAUGCAGCAAGGCUGUGACUUCCUUCCACAAGCUGUAUCGACCCGCAUGGUGGCCGGCAUGUGGUGGUUCUUCACUCUGAUCAUGAUUUCGUCGUACACCGCUAACCUCGCCGCCUUCCUCACCGUCGAGCGCAUGGACUCUCCCAUCGAGUCAGCGGAGGACCUCGCCAAGCAGACCAAGAUCAAGUAUGGAUCGCUCAAGACGGGCAGCACCAUGGCUUUCUUCAGGGACUCCAAGAUCCCGACUUACCAAGGGAUGUGGGCGACCAUGAUGCGCCACGAGGACCCCGGCCCCUCCGUCUUCCUCGCCUCCAACGCCGAGGGGGUCAAGCGAGUCCAGGAGAGCAACGGCCUGUACGCCUACCUCAUGGAAUCCACGUCCAUCGAGUACGUGGUGGAGCGGCAGUGCGACCUCACGCAGAUCGGGGGCCUCCUGGACUCCAAGAGCUACGGCAUCGCCCUUCCUCCAGGCUCCCCCUACACGAGUGCCAUCAGCAGUGCCAUUUUGUCGCUGCAAGAAACUUCGAAAAUACAGAUGCUGAAAAGACGAUGGUGGAAGGAGAGAAAUAGGUCUGACAAGUGUGCAAAGGACAAGGACGAAGCGGGCGGCAGCAGUAUGGCGAGUGAACUGAAUUUAUCGAACGUCGGCGGUGUCUUCGUGGUGCUGCUCGGAGGGAUGGGCCUGGCGCUGGUCGUGGCACUGGCGGAGUUCGUCCUCGAGUGCUGGGACAUAUCGAAGGAGGAUGAGAAAUCAAUAAUAUCAGUCCUGAGUGAGGAGUUGUGCUUCGUCUUCCAAUGCAAAGGGUCGACGAAACCUGUCAGGAAGAAAAUAGAGUCAGAGACACCAACAGUUGACAACUUGUACAACUCCGAUGUAUUCAACUGUAGCAGUAGAAAUCAACAUACCUGAUUACCAGAUGUGGCGUCAGCCUCUGACGUCACAGUCGACCACCACCCCGACCAAUGGCCGAUUCCUAGCUACGUGCCCCCACCCCCCUCGCCCGUCGCCAACCUGAAUGCAUCGACGGUCAAUCAGAACACAUCCUUGCUCAGUCAGAACUCAUCCACCGUGGCCAGCCAGAAUUUCUCCUCCUCACCCUACUUCACGCCGGACCUAAAGCCCUCACUCUCGCCCACGACAGACCCGAGCGAGGAUCUGCCUGAGGCCGAGGGCGUGAGGCAGAGGAAGAACUGGUAACGGCGGCCGGUCU